AUUCACUUGUGAAAGAGACGUGUUCCCUGAAUUGCAUACUGCUAGCGUAAAAUCUUUGCAAACGUUGAUUAACAAGUUUUUGUUCGGAUAUUCUCUUGACUGUACCACCUUUUUAAGAAUAAUGGCUUACCGCACUAGAAGCAACGCCACCGCACUCCAGAGCAGACUUCCUAGCAGGGAAAAUGACCUUGUUGUACAGAAAUCCAAAAGUUUCUCCAACGUUGGAACCGGAAGAUCAGCACUAGGAGCUAUUGGUAAUGUAAUCAACAAAGAAAAUGUAACCAGAGGAAAGAAGCUUGCAAGAUCAACAUCUCUAAAACCAGCAUCUGCAUUAGAACCAGUAGUAGAGAAUGUGUCAAAAGAAAAUAUACCAACUAAGAAAGAUGUACAGAAAAGAUCACCCAGUCCACCUAUCAUGGAAGUGAUUAAGCAAGCUUUCUCAGAACAACAACUAGCAAAUGUGGAAGACAUAGACAAAGAUGAUCAUGAGAACCCACAGCUUGUUAGUGAAUAUGUUAAUGACAUUUACAAAUAUAUGCUUCACCUAGAGCAAGAAUUUAAAGUUCGUGGUGAUUACAUGGAAGAUCAAGAGAUCAAUGCACGUAUGCGCUCAAUUCUCAUUGAUUGGCUAGUCCAAGUUCAUUUGAGAUUUCAUCUCUUGCAAGAAACUCUCUUCCUCACUGUAUCCAUAUUAGACAGAUUUUUGCAGAUCCAACAAGUGUCUCGAAGCAAAUUACAACUUGUUGGAGUAACAGCAAUGUUCAUAGCUUCAAAAUAUGAAGAAAUGUACGCACCAGAGAUUGGAGACUUUGUCUACAUCACAGAUAAUGCUUACACAAAAAGCCAGAUAAGAGCCAUGGAAUGCAUGAUGUUGAAAACUAUAGACUACAGCCUUGGCAAACCACUUUGUUUACAUUUUCUUAGAAGAAAUUCCAAAGCUGGUGGUGUUGAUGCUCAGAAACACACUUUAGCCAAAUACCUAAUGGAAUUGACUCUACAAGAGUAUGGCUUUGUGCAAUACAAUCCUUCAGAAAUAGCAGCUGCUGCUUUGUGUCUAUCCAUGAAACUUCUAGAUGAAUCUUCAACAUGGACGGACACUCUUUAUUAUUAUAGUACAUACUCAGAGGAAAAAGUGUUGCCUAUCAUUAAGAAAAUGUGCAAGCAAUUGGUGAAGUCAGAAAAUUCCAAAUUACAGGCUGUGAGAAAUAAAUACAACAGCAGUAAAUUUAUGAAGAUUAGCUGUAUAUCUGAACUAAAAUCAUCAAUAGUAACGGAAUUUGCAGAUCAAGCAUCAUAGUGGGGUAAUUUAUAAUCAUAUUCACAGCUGUUUGGCACACUGCUUCUUUACAAUAUUUGUUUUAAUUCGGUCUUUAAAGCUGUAUACAUGAUUUUCUUGACUUGUGGUCAUAUUAUUGUUACAAAAGUACUGAAUCAAGAUACAUAAUUCUUUUUACUUGGUGUAACUAAGGCCUUUAUAAGGUAAAGUGCAUAUCAUGUAACUAAAUUUUUCAAUAGUAGAAUAAUAAAAGUGAUAAUGUAAACUAGUUCUAUGCUCGUUUCUCUUGAAAUAAGAGUUUGUUACUCAAAACCUUGUACAAUUAUUAAUUUCACUACUGAAAAUGCAUACCAAGUCUUGCAGUUGCCUUGUGCUGCAAUAUUUGUAAAUACAUAGCUUUGUCCAAAUUCAUUUUACAUUUAUAACUAUUUUACAAUCAAUGUACAUUUUAAAUUUUUUAUGUGAAUGUGUUCUGUAAUUUUCAUUUGUUGUAGUGGACUUUUUAGAAAUAAACUUUUUAAUUUAUAUAUUUGUUCAAUAA